AUGUUACCUGUAUCACUGUAUAAUCUGUCAUCUCUUGAAGUUGUUUCUCUCCGAAAAAAUCAAUUGCAUGGGAGUCUUCCACAAGGCAUAGGCCUUGCUCUUCCAAAUCUCCAUGGACUAGAAAUUGGAGAGAAUUAUUUCUCAGGGAGCAUUCCAAAUUCCAUCUCCAAUAUUUCAACACUCCAAAUAUUUUCUAUCAGUGUUAACAGUUUUAUUGGACCUGUCCCAAACAACUUAGGAGAUCUUCAAAAUCUUCAAAAAAUUGUUAUUGGUACAAAUCAAUGUGGAGCAAGGGAUGGUGCUGAUUUAGAUUCUGCUAAUGGUUUUAAGGGUCCCAUUCCCAACUUUAGAGCCAAUAUCUCAACACAGUUCUUAAUGCUUUAUUUGGAAGAGAAUCAAAUAUCUGGAAUCAUUCCUACUGAUAUUGAGAAUCUCAUCCCCUUAAGCACAUUGGGCAUGGAGGGGAACUUUCUCGAAGGUAAUAUUCCUUCUAGUAAAGGGAAACUUCCAAAGCUUCAAAAUAUAUUCUUGGGUGGAAAUAGACUUUCAGGACAGAUACCUGCCUCCAUAGGCAAUCUCAGUCUUUUGUAUGGACUCCAUAUAGAAGGAAACAACUUGAAUUCAAACAUUCCUUCAAACAUUGGAAAUUGUCAACAGUUACAGGAUCUAACCCUUAACAAUAAUAACCUCCAAGGCCCGAUACCUAAACAACUCUUUUAUAUUUUCUCCUUAUCAGUAUCUCUAGACUUAUCCUACAAUGCUCUGGACGGUUCCUUGCCAAUAGAAAUCGGUAACUUGAAGAGUCUUUCUACUAUAUCUGUCCAUGAAAAUAGAUUUUCUAGAGAAAUUCCCUCCUCCAUUGGUGAUUGCAAUAGUUUGGAAAAUCUUUACAUGGGUGGUAAUUUCUUUGAAGGAACUAUUCCUCAAACUUUGGUUCUUUUGAAGGGGCUUCGAGAUUUAGAUCAUUCACUCAACAACUUAUCAAGGAAAAUUCUAAAGGAUCUAGAGAAAAAUUCAGCAUUGCAGAGUUUGGACUUUUCCUUCAAUAAUCUUGAGGGGGAGGUACCAACAAAAGGAAUCUUUAGAAAUGCAAAUGCAAUUUUAGUGAAUGGAAAUGAUAAGCUUUGUGGGGAAAUUGCAGAGUUAAAAUUGCCUGCAUGCACAAACCAUGGAUCUAUGAAAGGAGGAAAGUCCAAAACUUUUGGAAUAGUAUUAGUGAUAAUCGGUGUGUUUAGGUUUGUAUAUAAAGGGAUUAUUGGCCAAGAUGAAACAUUUGUGGCAGUCAAGGUACUCAACCUUCAAAAUACAAGAGCUUACAAGAGCUUUAUUGCUGAAUGCAAAGCAUUAAGAAACACUCGUCACCAAAAUCUUGUCAAGAUUCUAACUUCUUGUUCGAGUCUUGAUUCAAAAGGCAAAGAUUUCAAAGCCCUUGUUUACGAGUUCAUGCCCAAUGGGAGUCUAGAUGAUUGGUUGCAUCUGCCGAUGGUGGCACAUAAUCAUUCAAGGAGUUUGAGCCUUGUUCAAAGAUUAAACAUUGCACUUGAUGUGGCUUCUGCAUUGGAUUAUCUUCAUUACCAUUGUUAUGCUCCAAUUGUUCAUUGUGAUUUGAAGCCAAGCAAUGUUCUACUUGACAAUGAUAAGAUUGCACAUGUCGGCGAUUUUGGUUUGGCGAGGCUACUUUCAAAUCCUGAUGAUGAUUCAUCCCAGACUCAAACUAGUACCACUGGGAUAAAAGGAUCAAUUGGCUAUGCUGCUCCAGGUAACAAAUAA